AUGAUCCUAGGAGGGUUAAAGCUCGGUAUUAAUUCACCUUUAAGAAGUUUCCCACCAGGAAAUGCCCGUCAUUUGUUGUUCGCGGGCAUUUUUUCCAGUGAAAAGAGACAUCUGCGAUGGUACUCGAGUUCAGAUCAGACCAAGAGCCAAGAGACUCCAAAGACGUCUCCAAAUCUAGAUAAAGUGCAUAAGCUGAUAGCCAAGUCGGCCUUUUUGACGAAAUUGAACGAAAAGCCCAAAUUCAAAGCAUAUUUCGACAAAUUGGGUCAAACGAGUCCUGUCAGCACCAUCACUUCAUUUCUCAUUUUGCAUGAAGUAACGGCAAUCGUGCCGUUAUUUGCCUUGUGGUGGGUGCUGUACAAACUCAACUUGGAAGAACAGUAUAAUCUGCCGAUCUAUUUCAAAGACUUGCUUAAUCAGUGCGGGGACUCAAUUCAAAAGUUGGUCGACAACCACGACCAAGGUUUCGAUCGCAACCGUCUCAUAUUGUCAGGAGCAAUUUCAUAUGCCGUAGUGAAAGUACUUUAUCCUGUUAGAGUGCUUGUUAGUCUGUGGGCUGCUCCUUUCUUCUUCAGAUGGGUCAUAGCUCCAUUCAAAAAGGUUGGUGAGCUUUUCAAAAAGCGAGCCAACAGUCCUGAUUCAUAA